AUCAUUUCCAUUUCCCACAGCCACAUAAGAUCAUGGCCUUCACCUUGACUUUGGAUGGUAAAUAAAGCUACAUACAUAUCAUCAUCAUCAUCAUCAUCUUCUAGUGAAAGAUGUGUGUUUUCUUCUUGUGUGAAGCCAAACCCACAACAACAACUACAAGCACAACCAUUGGAACCCAACAUAGUGCUGAACAACCUCGGUAAAUAACCAUGGAUAGCACCGAAGACUCGUCAACGAGUUCACAACAACAACCGAACCUCCCACCCGGGUUUCGGUUCCACCCCACAGACGAAGAGCUCGUGGUUCACUACCUCAAGAAGAAAGUUGAUUCUGUUCCUCUCCCUGUUUCAAUCAUCGCUGAUGUUGAUCUCUACAAGUUUGAUCCAUGGGAAUUACCAGCUAAGGCAUCGUUUGGGGAGGAAGAGUGGUACUUUUUCAGUCCGAGAGAUAGGAAGUACCCAAAUGGCGCGAGGCCAAACAGGGCUGCAACUUCAGGGUACUGGAAGGCGACGGGCACAGAUAAACCCAUAUGCAGUGGAACUCAAAAGGUUGGUGUGAAGAAAUCUUUGGUUUUCUACGGAGGAAAGCCACCAAAAGGGGUGAAAACCGAUUGGAUCAUGCAUGAGUAUCGUCUCGCUGAAACCAAGCCUAACAACAGACCACCUGGGUGUGACUUGGGCCACAAGAAAAACUCCCUAAGGCUGGAUGAUUGGGUGUUGUGCCGGAUCUACAAGAAGGGGAACACACAAAGGUCAGCUAUGGAGCAUGAGAGGGAUGAUUCCAUGGAUGACAUGAUUGGAGAAGUACCUUCUUCCAUGAACGUGGGCCACAUGAAUGCGAGAUUUCACCUUUCAAAGAUGUCUACCAGCUACAGUGGUGCAUUGUUGGAAAAUGACAGAAACACGUUAGAAGGGGUGGUUAUAGGCAAUGGUGUGAAUGGAAUCAGCACUACUACAAGUGCCAUGCCAUCUCACUUUGGCACUUCAAACUCCAAGCCAGAUCACCUUCCUUUUGCCCUUUCAAACAACGCUUCAGCCUCCAAAAGAACACUCUCAACACUCUAUAACUGGAACCACGACACUGAUCAAAAACACUUCAAUUUGGACAAUAAUGGUAAUGUGAGUGUUGUGAGGACUGAAGAAGACAACAAUGCUUCUCCUGGCUCCUUUGCUACUCUGCUUAACCAGCUCCCACAAACACCUUCAUUGCCUCAAAUAGGGUCUAUGGGAGAUGGGUUACUUAGGACACAAUACCAAAUACAAGGGACUAAUUGGUACGGCUAACUCCUCUUUCGGAUAUAUGAUAUCAUAAUUAUAAUGAAUGCACAAGGAGGAGCUCAACUAUGGUGUGGCAAGGAAUCCUCAAUUGUGGUUUAAUUGUCUUAGGAAAAUUGAAGAACGUUAGAGUACUCUCUAAUCAAUGUUUUCCUUCAACUAUUUGCAGGUAGCUCCAGGUAAUUAAUAUCACAUGAGGUGAGGGAGUGAGCCACAUGGUACUUAGUUUUAUAUAUAGAUUCAUAUAGAAUGAUAGGAUAGAGAUAUAGAGAUAGAUAUAGAGACAUAUUUGCUUGUUUUAUAUUGGUGUGUAAAGAAACAAAAGAAGGGUGCUCUUUGUGUACAAAAUUUCAAGAGGGUAAGAAAAAAGAGUUGGCCAUUUAUAUUUAUAUUUAUAUGUAUACUUUGCUCUAAGAUACAACUGAAGAAUGUAGAACAUAUACUUCAGAAUGAAAUAUAUUGAUGCAAGAGUUUAAAUA